AAACCAUUAUUGAUGACCCAAGUGCUUGUGAGGUGUGAUACCAAUUCACAACAAAAUUUAUACGCCCCUUAGACAAUUGGUAAGGUCACUGAUCGAACUCUUAGCUUCCUCCAUCAAUGGGGCUCCUCAAGUCCCCUUCCAGUGGAGUAUUUCUCCUCUCUUUGAUCCUAGUUCAGGGUUUGUGCUAUGCUGCUGAUGAUGCCACAAUCCAGGUUAUCGGUUUCGGAGAAUGCGCCGAUUGCAAGGAAAACAACAUUCUGUCUAGCCAUGCCUUCUCAGAGCUCCGGGUAAGAAUCGACUGCAAGCUUCAAAACGGGAAGAUGGCGACGAGAUCAGAAUCGGGAGUGUUGGAUGAAGAUGGCAAAUUCAAAGUAUCAUUGCCAAAGGAGAUUGUGAAAGAUGGGAAGGAGGAGUGUUAUGCUCAGCUGCAUGACGCUUCAGCUGCUUCACCGUGCCCGGCUCAUGAAGGAAUUGAGGCCUCUAAGAUUGUUGCUAGGACUAAUCCAGAUGGGCAUCAAGUGUUUGAACCAGCUGGGAAAGUGAGAUUCUCAUCUGCCUUGUGCACAUCAGCUUUCUUGCCCCUUGAUAAAAAGCCCUUCCUCAAUAAGCCCUUCUUCAAGAAGCCCUUCUUCAAGAAACCAUUACUUCCAUAUACUCCUCCUUUCCCCUUUUAUAAACCAAAACCAAGCACACCCAUAGUCCACACUCCUUCUGUUCCUGUUUACAAGCCUAAACCAAAGCCAACAAUUCAUACUCCUUCAGUUCCCAUUUAUAAGCCUAAACCAAAGCCAACAAUUCAUACUCCUUCAGUCCCUAUUUAUAAGCCCAUACCAAAGCCAACAUUUCAUAUCCCUUCAGUCCCCAUUUAUAAGCCCAUACCAAAGCCAACAUUUCAUAUCCCUUCAGUCCCCAUUUAUAAGCCUAAACCAAAGCCACUCCCAAUUUAUUACAAACCCCCAUUUAAGCCACUUCUACCUCCUUCUCCAUUUUACAAGUUGAAGCCAAAGCCAAGUGUUCAUAUCCCUCCCUUCAGCCCACCAUGGCCUCAUCUUGGCUAGCUAAGCUAAGCUAAUUUCGACGACACCUGCAUGCAUGCAAUGUAGGCUCUCUAUAUGUGUAUUGUUUCUUUAUUAUGCAGUGAUUUAACAUUAUUUCAACUAAGGAAAUCGCUGGUGCACUGUAAUAAGUACAUGUUAUAGAUCUAUCUAUACAUGUGUUUGUGUAUUGUGACUAAGUUAAAGUGUAAGUGGGAUUAUUGUUUUUAAUUUAUAUACAUUUGAUUGAUCAGUCUAUGUACACAUAUAUAUAAGUCAUUUUUACACUUGAAGUUUGUUUGAUAACAUGAAAUUGACUUGAAGUUUGUUUGAUAACAUGAAAUUGACUGAAUUAUGGGAAGAUAUAUAAAAAAUUAAUAAUAAUUUG